AUGAAGUCUUUCCUCGGCUUGACGCUGCCACUGCUGGCGGCGGCGUCGCCGGUGAUGGUCGAGUCGAUCCACAACGAGGCAGCUCCAGUCAUCUCCUCUGUCAACGCAAAGGAGAUCCCAGACAGCUACAUGAUCAAGUUCAAGAGCCACGUCAACUCCAACUCGGCUGCUGAGCACCACGACUGGGUCACCGACCUCCACGCCACCACCCAGAAGGCGAAGACGGACCUGAAGAAGCGGUCGCAGACUCCCAUGGUCGAUGACAUCUUCCAUGGUCUCAAGCACACAUACAACAUUGCCGGCAGCCUCAUGGGCUACUCGGGCCACUUCGACGAGGACACCAUUGAGCAGAUCCGUAGACACCCAGAUGUCGAGCUGAUCGAGAGGGAUCAAGAGGUCCACACACUCGGCUCCGACGACCACGAGACCGAGAAGAACUCUCCCUGGGGUUUGGCUCGUAUCUCGCACCGCGACAGCCUCUCAUUCGGCACAUUCAACAAGUACUUGUACACCGCCGACGGUGGUGAGGGUGUUGAUGUCUACGUCAUUGACACCGGCACCAACGUUGAGCACGUCGACUUCGAAGGCCGCGCGGCUUGGGGCAAAACAAUUCCUCAAGGCGACGCCGAUGAGGAUGGCAACGGACACGGCACUCACUGCUCUGGCACUGUUGCUGGCAAGAAAUACGGUGUAGCCAAGAAGGCUCACGUCAAGGCCGUCAAGGUCCUCCGCUCCAACGGCUCAGGCYCCAUGUCCGACGUUGUGAAGGGUGUCGAGUACGCCGCCACGUCCCACACCUCCGAGGUCAAGAAGGCCAAGGACGGCAAGAGGAAGGGUUUCAAGGGCUCCGCCGCCAACAUGAGCUUGGGAGGUGGCAAAUCUGCACUCCUCGACCAGGCCGUCAACGCCGCUGUUGAUGCCGGUAUCCACUUCGCCGUGGCCGCUGGUAACGACAACGCUGACUCUUGCAACUACUCUCCUGCCGCCGCCGAGAACGCCGUCACUGUCGGUGCCAGCACUCUUGCCGAUGAGCGUGCUUACUUCUCCAACUUCGGAAAGUGCAACGACAUCUUCGCUCCCGGCCUCAACAUCCAGUCCACCUGGAUCGGCAGCAAGUACGCCAUCAACACCAUCUCCGGUACCUCCAUGGCUUCGCCUCACAUUGCUGGUCUCCUCGCCUAUCUGCUCUCGCUGCAGCCAGCCAAGAGCUCCGCGUACGCCGUUGCCGACAUCACCCCAAAGAAGCUCAAGAGCCACCUUCUUGCUAUCAGCACCGUCGGAGCCCUCUCUGAUGUUCCUAGCAACACCGAGAACCUUCUCGCCUGGAACGGUGGUGGCUCGUCCAACUUCACCGACAUUGUCCACAAGGGUGGCUACAAGGCUACCCACGCUGACCUUCCCGAGAAGCUUUCCGAGAAGGUCUCUGAGAAGGUUGAUGACUUUGCCCAGAAGAUUGAGGACUUUGAGCACAAGAUGGAGKCCGACCUCAAGGACUUCAUCAGCAGCCUUAAGAGCGAGUAA